AUGGUGCUGAAGGAAGUGGAGGACACCCAGCCUACCCCAGAGCGGGGGUCAGUCACAUCGUCGUCUGAGUUACGUCACCGAGAGACCAGUGGCAGCGACGAUGAGGUCGGUCAAACAGUUCCAGUGCUGACUGAGGCAGAGCCCAGUGACAGUCCUUCCAGACCGACACCUGCCAGCAAGAACCUUCAGAAGCCAUCUUACAGCCGCAUGAAAGAGUUGGAUAUGGCACGCUGUGUCGACAUCACAAGAUUUCCUCCAGCUCCCGGCCUUUCAGCUCGUCCAACAUCUCACACGCCGCACGCACACCGAUGUCGAGGCCGCUUACGUCAUCUUCCGACAGCUGUCCAGCUGUGUCGGUUACAGAAAGGCAGCUGGUCAGCUGUCCUGCUAUCCGGCGGUUGGGGUCUUGUGGACUGCAGCCUGGGGUCCAGGUUGUGGCGGCAGAGUCAGCGAUCCGUGAAGAGCAGGGUGGUGGAUGCGGACAGUGACGCUAAGCAUGACGGGAGUUCGCAGUCCUCUCAUUUUCUCGGCUCAGAGUCCUGCCUCUCCAAUAAUUUUCGAGCUUCCGAGGAUCCGAGCACGUCACUAAACGGGGCGUCCUUCGUUUCGGGGACGUCACCUGACAGACACGUGACAAAUAGCCUGUGUGUGACGUCAGAGAAGCAGUUGCAGUGCAGCCCGCAGUACUUCUACUUCCUGCCGGAGCCGAAGCUGCUGGUGUCGUCUCACUUGCCUGACGACCCUUGGUGGCAGCUCCUCCCUCGCGCGGUGAGUGACAGCGAGUUCCAUGCUGCCCUCCUGCUCAAGCCUCACUUUCAUUACAUGUCGGUGGAGCUGACGAAGCCCAAGGCUCUCCGUGAGACGGACCUCGAGGAGGGCACUGAGAUCGUGUGGAAGCUGAAGGGCGGUGGCCUCAGACGAUUUGCUUUCAGGCUCUUCUGUCCAGACGACAACAACAUUUCCGAAGAGCUCACCAGCUACGGAUUUCUGGAGAAUCUUCCAGGCCGAGGCGAGGUGCGCCUGAAGGUGGGUCCUCCCAAGUCAGGCCGUUACGUGUGUGAGGUGUACGGCGCUUACCUGCCGACACACGGCAAUCACAUGAUGCACAUGUGUUCUUUUGAACUUCAUUUCUCCCGCGCCGCAGCGUGCCCUCUGCAGUUUCCUCCCAACGAACGGCUGGAAUGGGGGCCCGGGGCAGAGUGCAUGGCCCUCGGGUUGCGGCCUCUGACGCACGAGCUGGGAAGCGUGCAUGUGGACGAUGGGCAGGCUGAGGUGGCCUUCCUAUGCUCGCAGCGUCUCCUAGUAACGCAGAAAAUCUCCUGUCGUCCAAUCGAAUGAGUCUCCUAGGGACCUGACCGGAAGUGUUGUGAACUUCAGGGACGGCGAAGGCAAACUGAGGAUCUUUCUCCGACUUCCAUCUCCAGGAGACUACGUGUUGAAGGUCUACGCAAAGCCAGAGUCCGCGUCCGGAAGAUGUCCGCUGGUCUGCACGUACCUGGUGCUCUGUGACUCGGGCUUACCCUGCCACAUCCGGGCCUUCCCACCUGUUCCCGGCGGCAAAGUUGGUCCAUCAAAAGCCUUCUACGACUUCGGCAUGACCGUGGUUUGUCCGCGCAGCACGUGCAUCGUCAUGGCGCCUUUCUCCGGAAAAGUUGCCUUCGUCUUCCACUGCCAGCGUCAGGACAUCGCCGAACUCUCGUGCGAACUGCAGCUGCAACCUGCCGACCAGCAACCUGCAGACCUGACAGAGUUUGUGCAGCAGUCGAGUCGUGGGAGGGAAACUUUUUUUCGCUUGCGCCUCCCAAACCCCGGCGACUACGUUUUUCAUCUCUACGGAAAGUCUUCGGAAGGUGAAGGGCACAAGUACCUCUUGUACUCGGCCAUCGUGGAAUGUUCUGUGCCGUGCAAAGAUAGCCUGCCCUUGCCAAGAAUUGCACCUUCCUGGCAGUCGAGGCUGGAGCUUCUAUCCCCGCUGAGAAAAUACUUGGUAAAGGGUUCCAUAACCAGUUCGCACUGCGAGCGCUUGGGUCAGGGACAUCGUCAUCGUGGGAAUGGGAACCGAGCAGAGUUUUGUCCCCGAAGAUGAUUUUACGAACGACAAGGAGUCGACGGAUCGAGAACAGCAGGAAGUAGAAGAACGGUGGAUUACAGACAAGGACAGACAAAUGGAAGAGGAUGAAAGAGUGAUAGAUGAGUCGAAACAUUCAGAGCGAUGUCGAAGAGCGAAGUGGAGAGUGAAUCAGAUGUGUGGACAACAUGGCGGUGUCGAGUGUCUGUCAGUGACGAGCAGGCGGGUUCCGCGAUGAACCUCUGUCUUCUAGACGAAGUUUCUGGAGGGUCGUAUGUCUGCGCAGCCAAGUUCGAGGUUAUUACCGAGAGGCGAAUGGAGGAGACACUUGACCGCCAGCAUCAGACGUGGACAUCAGCGGAGGAAGAGGGUCGCCGACGUCGUCCACGAGCGGGCUGCACGUGCAGGCGGCGCAGGACGCGGAACACGCCA